CCUGAAGGCAUCACUUUCUCCAGAACAGGCUGUCAUGGCGCAGACGAGGCCGAGGACUUCUACGGCGUCAAACUUUAAUUUCGGCUCGAUUUGGAAUAUCAUCUUUAAUAUUUAUUCUCCAAACUCUUUGUCCUCCGGAGAGUUCACGCUUUGACCAAAUCCCCAUUCUGAGCUCGUCCAGCAGUGAGAAACAGUGAGAGGAGAGAUGGAGAAACCAGUCCUCCAGACACAGCCGUCCACGCUACCAUUUUUUGAUUCGUCACAUGCCUUCAACCUUCUGAGAGGAAUCCAUGAGCUACGAGCCGAACGGAAGUUUUUCGAUGUGACUUUAUGCGCCGAGGGCCGCGAGUUCCACUGCCACCGCACGGUGUUGGCUGCCGCCAGCACCUACUUCCGAGCCAUGUUCACUGGGACGUUGAGGGAGAGUGUAAUGGACAGAGUGGUUUUACACGAGGUGUCAGCUGAGCUUUUAGGCUUACUGGUGGACUUCUGCUACACAGGUCGGGUCACAGUCACUCAGGACAACGUGGACCUCCUGCUGAAGACGGCUGAUUUGUUUCAGUUCCCCUCGGUUAAAGAGGCCUGCUGUGCCUUUCUGGAGCAAAGUCUGGAUGUGUCCAACUGCUUAGAGAUCCAAGACUUUGCUGAGGCUUACGCUUGCAGAGAGUUGGCGGCCAACGCGCGCCGCUUCGUCCUCAAGAACAUAAUGGAGCUGGCGAAAGGGACAGACUUUGAGCGGUUGCCAUGGAAGCGCCUCCUGGAGUUUGUGUCUGACGAUGAGCUUUGCGUGGACAAGGAGGAGACGGUCUAUCAAAUCGCUGUGUGGUGGGUGAAGGCCGAUCUGCAGCGACGGCUGCACUAUUGGCCCGAGCUACUCCAGCAGGUCCGCCUCCCGUUCGUUAGGAGGUUCUUCCUCUUGGCCCAUGUGGAGAGCGACCCGCUCGUCUACCUGUCACCCACCUGCCUCCGCAUGGUGAAUGAAGCCCGCAGCUUCCAGUCCUGUGAAUAUGACCGCCAUGACAGACCGUGCCACCGCAUGCGGGCCCGGCCCUCUACGGGGUUGGCGGAGAUCCUGGUGGUGGUUGGAGGCUGUGACCAGGACUGUGAUGAGCUGGUCACAGUGGACUGUUACAACCCUCAGACUGGUCAGUGGCGCUACCUGGCUGAAUUUCCCGACCACCUUGGAGGAGGUUACAGCAUUGCUGCCCUCGGAAACGAUAUGUAUGUCACAGGUGGAUCUGAUGGCUCCCGCCUCUACGACGGCGUGUGGCGCUACAAGUCCAGUGUGAACGAGUGGACGGAGGUGUCCCCCAUGCUGAAGGCCCGCGAGUACCACAGUUCCUGUGUGCUGAAGGGCCAGCUGUACGUGGUGGCGUCAGACAGCACCGAGCGCUACGACCAAGCUCUGGACUGCUGGGAGGCCUUGCCAGGCAUGCUGCAUCCAAUGGACAACUGCUCCACAACCGCAUGCAACGGGCGCCUGUAUGCCAUCGGCUCUCUGACCGGUGAGGACACGAUAGCCAUCCAGAGCUACGACACUGACACCAACCGCUGGACCAUGGUGAACUGUGGACAGCUGCCUCCGUGGUCCUUCACUCCGAAAACGGUGACCCUCAAUGGCCUCAUUUACUUUGUUAGGGAUGACUCGGCUGAAGUUGAUGUUUAUAAUCCACAAAAGAACGAGUGGGACAAAAUUAGCCCUAUGAACCAGGUUCACGUCGGAGGCAGCGUGGCAGUCCUCGGAGGGAAGCUGUUUGUAUCCGGCGGUUACGACAACACGUUCGAGCUGUCGGAUGUAGUGGAGGCAUACGAUCCAACAAACCGUGCCUGGACCCUGGCCGGGCGGCUCCCUCAGCGGACCUUCUGGCACGGCAGCGUCAGCAUCUUCCGCCAGUUCAUGCCUCUGGUGUCCAGCACUUUUGAACCCACUGACGUACCAGAGUCCAACGCCAUACACCUCCACAGGCACCAGCGCCACCAAGCGCUCCACAACCUUAACAACAAUCUGAACCAGAACCAGGAUGUGAACCCAGCGCAUUGAUCUGGGUCAUGCAUGUUCACUUUGUUCUCUGUUCAGUUUACCUCAUUGCAGUAAGGGGAGGAGGGGAAUCCUGAUUCGGAAAAAUCUAAUUAUUCAUAUUGAUAAGAUUUGAUAAGCGGCUCUUCAAUAUCUAUAUUAUAACUUCUAAAUUUAUCCACUUUCAUAUAGAUUUUAGCACCGCUACCACUUGGCUCUAAGAGAAUGAAGGGAAUAGGGAUGGGUACCGAAUUCGGUUCUUUUAUAGGUACCGACCAAAUUCUGUCAGUACUACCAAGUACAGUAAAAUCAAACGGUACCAUAUUUUGGUACCUAAACACAUCAUUGUAACACAGAGGGAGUGGAAGAAUAGGCGAUUUUCCAUGCCGGAUAUGAACACAGCAUUGCACACACAAGAGGGUAAUGACGUCAGUGGUUAUUGGUACCGUCAACGAAGCAUUGCUGAUAGAAAGGGCGUGAAAGUAUGGCUCCACUUUUCAAAAUGCGAUGCACAUUAUGCUCGCUGCAAUAUUUCUGACGGAAAGUGCAAGGCCAGCAGCAGGAAUACUUCUAAUCUAAAGAAGCACCUGGUUAAGCAAAAGAUUUGAAGGGUUCACAAUUUUUAUCAGCCUUAGAUCUACGGCUACAACUCCUGCAUUUGGCACCGUCAGCACGCCUGCAUCCGUUAGCGACUCGUAGUAUGUAAUAUGUAUCGUUUUAGGAUUUUUUUUGUCAUUUUUUGAGAAGAUGCUGAAAUGAUCUGUGUUGUUUAGGCCAUGUGUCACAUGUAUCAUCACACACUAAGGUACCUGGAGGUUUACUCCUUUGUUAGCAAUGCUGAUGCUUUAGAGAAGACUGCAUAUAGUUUAAACGCAAUAUAAUCCAUUGACUGCCUGGGUGUCAUGAAGUGAAAAUCACUGAAGGAACCGGAGGCCAGCCUGAUGGGAGGGGACAGACUUUUUACAGCCAUGAAUCUGUUAGUUUUCUUAUGUAUGUUUCAUCACUGCUGGGAUGGUAAAUAUCACUAGGUCCAUCUGUUAGGAACAUAUGUCUUUAUUUAAAGCUUCAUUAUGUCAUUUGAUAAAUGUGUGGGGCAGUGAUGAACUCAUAGAUCUCCCGAUGGUUAACAGUUUAUACUAUUUUAGUAAGUGGUGUAACAGGUAUAGUCUGCUAUGAUUAGACAACGUCCAACCUAGAUGACGUUUUUCCCAUUUUCCUCAAAACUACUUGGCGCUUAUGCAUGUGGUUUCUGGUGAUUAUCUGCCCUCUUGUGGACUUUUCUGGCCACUACAUGGGCGAUGGCGCAAGAAAACUAGCUACUUGUAUGUGGAAUCCUGGAAGUUAAUGUAAAUUUGGAAACCAGUUAGUGUUUCUGUUCAGUUUAAAACAAUAACCAUUUAAUAGAAUUGUAGAGAGAUUUUGAGCUAUCGGGUGACAUUUUUCCCCUUUCUCUAUUGGAAGAUGUAAACCGAAUAUUCUGUCUAUUCUGGGUUUAUGUUGAAGAAAAUCUUGAAUUUUGGGUAACUUGUGUAACUAUCAUUAUACAUUUUCCCUGCAUAGAACUGUAUGGAAGCAAUAUUUCCUGGGCCCUUAAGGGUCAUGCAUCCAUGCCCCGCAUUCAGAUAAUACAUUUGGUGAGUUCAUUGCCGAUGACGCCUACAGGUUAUCAUUUGUUGGAACUGCAAUGAUUACACGCACACAGGAGUUUAGGCAAACAAGAAACAGUGAGGAGAAAAAGAAGUGGUUUUCUCAAUAUUGAGCUGCCCUGGUCUUUGUUUUGAAUUCAACAAAAGAUGAAGGACAUGCACUAUAAAAAAAAAAUAAUGAGCAGCUAAUCUAAGUUUUCUCGCAUGUUUUUUUUUUUUUAUGUAGC